AUGGCCUCAAUACACUUGGAACGGUUCAAUGUGAAGGAGUGCACCCAAUGGAUCACCUCAAAUGGCUUUCACACCAUCUGUCUCUACUUUUUGCCGCAAUUUUACUGUGUUGCUAGUGAAAUUGCCACCGUGCUGAAGCAACAGUGCAAUGACAGUCAUUUUCUGGUGAUGAUCUCGGGCAGCAGUGGUGUUGACACGGUCAAGUAUAGGACGAAAGACCCAAAGAGUUCACCUGAUGCUGUCAUUUACUUUGGCGCCUCCUGCCUGUGCACUGCCAAGUACUCCUCGGCCUUACCGAUUUUGUUUGUUCCACUUGAGCCAGAUACAAGUGAACUGAAGUACAUUUCCGAGUGUUUGAAGGAGUUUAGCAGUGAAAAGAGAAUACUUCUUGUCGCUGAUUUAACAAACUCGUGGCUUCUACUCGAAGAAAAUCUAAGCAGUUUGUUUGCGACCAGUUCUUGUACACCCGAAAUUUGUCGGUUAAGAAGACCCGAUGCGAAGUACGACCUAGUACUCUUUGUGGGCGAGUGCAAAAAUCUUGAAUUUGUGCUCAACUGCAGAAAGUUGGUCGUUGUCAACCCUCAGAAAAGGUCUCGAGAGAUAUUUGAUGGGCCAAAGGAGUUUCGAAAGCGCAGUUCUCUCAUUGAAAAGUUCAAAAGUCAGUCAGGAAAGCAGGUUGGAGUUGUCUUUGUCAACUAUACCCAAUCAGUGACGCCGAUCAUGAGUUCAGCAAAGACAUUCUGCAAACGACAAAAGAAGCUGCCGUACUUUCUCUCACUAAACCAAAACGACUAUGAACUUCGACUGGGGAACUUUGGCCAGCUGGAAAGCUUCGUUCUAGUCAACUCGUGUGAUUGCACGGCCGAAGUGGCGCAGGCCACUGCCAAGUACAUCUACCCAAUUAUAUUCUGGAAGGAAUUCCUGAUCGCCUGCUCCCAGCGAAUCUCAUACGGCGGCAUCAUCUGGAACGAGGACGCCACCGAAGAGGCGGGAGGUGAUGAGGACGAUGAGGGGGAAGAGGACCGAGACGAGGAGAGCAUGAAGCUGGUGGAGCGAGAUCUCUUCAAGCGCCCCGACGGCUGGUUCGGCCUCGUCGUGGACGCCGGCUCCGAGCCGGUUAGCCAGAUCAAAGAGGGCCUUCGCGGCAUUCCAUCUGGGUACACCAACGAGGAAGAGCUCUUUUGA